CCGCCUCCCCUUUAAGAGUAUUCCUUUUGCCUCCUCCGACCCCUUUGCUUCCGUUCCGCGUUCCCACAAUGCAGUGCGGCUGAGCGCCUCGGAGCCCGCGGGGACGCUGCCGGGGGACCCGUGCUGAGGCGGCGGCGGCGGCGGCGGCGACGUGGGCUGCGGCGGGCCCGCGGCGUCGGGCGGUGCGGAUGUCGGGCUGGGCGGACGAGCGCGGCGGCGAGGGCGACGGGCGCAUCUACGUGGGGAACCUUCCGACCGACGUGCGCGAGAAGGACCUGGAGGACCUGUUCUACAAGUACGGCCGCAUCCGCGAGAUCGAGCUCAAGAACCGGCACGGCCUCGUGCCCUUCGCCUUCGUGCGCUUCGAGGACCCCCGAGAUGCAGAGGAUGCAAUUUAUGGAAGGAAUGGUUAUGAUUAUGGCCAGUGUCGGCUUCGUGUGGAGUUCCCCAGGACUUAUGGAGGUCGGGGUGGGUGGCCCCGUGGUGGGAGGAAUGGGCCUCCUACAAGAAGAUCUGAUUUCCGAGUUCUUGUUUCAGGACUUCCUCCAUCAGGCAGCUGGCAGGACCUGAAGGAUCACAUGCGAGAAGCUGGGGAUGUCUGUUAUGCCGAUGUGCAGAAGGAUGGAGUGGGGAUGGUUGAGUAUCUCAGAAAAGAAGACAUGGAAUAUGCCCUGCGUAAACUGGAUGACACCAAAUUCCGCUCUCAUGAGGGUGAAACUUCCUACAUCCGAGUUUAUCCUGAGAGAAGCACCAGCUAUGGCUACUCACGGUCUCGGUCUGGGUCAAGGGGCCGUGACUCUCCAUACCAAAGCAGGGGUUCCCCACACUACUUCUCUCCUUUCAGGCCCUACUGAGACAGGUGAUGGGAAUUUUUUCUUUAUUUUUUAGGUUGACUGAGCUGUUUUGUGCUCAGAAUCUACAUUCCAGAUUGAUCAUUUAGUGUCUUAGGAAAUUUUUUUAAUUUUUUUUUUAAAAAGAAAAAAACUACAUAAUUUCUACCAGGGCCAUAUUAGCAGUGAAACAUUUUAAACUGCAGAAAUUGUGGUUUUGGUUCAGAAGCAAGUUGUAUAUUUUUCACCCGAUUAUGGGAAAGAAAUCAGUUCUGUCUUUGUGGGUUACUCUGCUAUGGAGAUCAGCAGUUACUGUUACUGAGUUGGCCCAUUCUGUUUAGAAAUAUAUUUUAAACGUUUAGUAAUUGA